UAUUUUUCCUGAACGUGCAUGUUUAGUUUACUACUCGCACGAUGAUUGGCUGCAAAGGAGCCAAUCAAAAUGUGGAAUAGAAAGGAAGGAUUGUAUAGUUGCAAAUUAACAUGGCGACGUCAACAAGUGCAAAAGACGAAAAUUGCGAAGCUGAAAAAGUCAAAUCGAAAAUAAGCAUUUACCAAGAAGCUAUUUACAGUAGGUAGGUAGAAAGGCCUGGUUUAAAAGUGCUUGUCUUAGCUAUGUGCUAUGUUUCUUUUUGUUUGCUUUGUAGGCAGUUGGAUGGAUUAAUUUUGAUAAACUUUUUUGCAUUCUUCGUCGUAAGCUUCGUCGCUGGUUUAUUGUUCCUGUAUUCCACUGUGUCAUUGUGGACUUUUCAGGUUUGUAAAGGCCAAGAUUCUACUUUAAGCUCGAGUUAGAGCAAUGUUUUGCCUUCUGUGGUUUUUAAAGCGAUCUUGAUAGCAUGUAUUGUAAUUAAAUUCAGGAAAUUUGCCAAUAUAUUAGAUAAUUAGAACGUUGAGAAUGGAAUGUUAAAUUGCCAACACAUUAUUACUGAAAUGACGAUAUUGGGUACACGUAUAUUUAUUCUGUAUGAGAUCUAAAAAAGUUUUGAAAAUGUACGAAUUUAAGAGUGUAAAAAAUACAUUUUCCCGACCCCAAUAUCCGUCGAUUGCAUCGAACAAUGAACAGUUGCAUAUAAAAAACAUGUCUAUUCAAAUGUUGUCACGUGAGAGUAGAGAAGGUGUGUAUAUGGGAUUGUUCAUCCUCAGAUUCAAGCAGCAGAAUCUGUAGUCGAUAUAUUGAGAAUCCUUGACACAUUAACUCAUGGCAUUUCUUAUUAUAGGUGUGUGAAGAAGUUGAUUUAUACGAUGCAAUAACGUUUGCUCCGCAACAACCACAGAACAUUGUGAACAUUGUGACUUAUAAUGCAAGUGCACCACUCUCGUUACACACUUGACGAUUGCUACAUCGCACACAAGUGAUUGUUCUGUCAAGGGCUGUUUAUUUGAGAUAACAUAGGCUACGUCCACACUAAUCGGUUUUCGUAGCGUUUUCAUAUUGUUCUCCGCUCGCAAGGGAAUAGAAAACAAUGGCCUAGUCACCACAAACAAUAUGGAUUAGUGUGGAUGUAGGCACUGUGUCUCUCAUAUAAACAGCUUGAUUGUGGACCAAAUUUUUUCCUAUGGAAAUUUGUUAUCUAUCCAACAACAUGUUCUGAACAUGAAUUGGGAAUGUGGCUAUUAUUUAUAUUCAUUAAUAUCAUUACAAUGUGCCAAAAAUUAAAACAAGUAAUGCUUAGGAAACUGAGUAGAGUAGACUUUGAGCAUGGGUAGAGAUGAGUAAUCAUGCACAAGGAUUGAACUGUCUGAAAAGUAAAAUAUAAAUGUCAAAUUUUUUCAGUAAACUCAUGUAGUACAUGUACAGACAACAUAGUUUACUCAAUUUGUAAAUACAUAAUGUAUUUGUAGAUUUUGCAAUUAAUAUCUUGUUUUGAAUAAAAUUCAAAUGUUUUGUUAAGUAGUGUGUUGUGGGGCUAGCAGACAAUCAUUCUGCAAAAUUGAGUUCCUUACCUCAACUGGCAAGCCAGCGAUCUAGUCCAGGAUAUGGCAAACAGAUUGCAAUUCAAAAUAAUCUAAUAUUUUUCUAUAAAAUCUUUACAUUUUUAUAAUUAUAAUUGUUUACCAGAUGACUUCCAAGUCAUUCCACUUACAGUUUCAGAAUGACCUUUCAUAAAUGGCAAACUAAGUUAAUGAAUUCUCUGUAUUGGCAUCCUUUCUCUCUGAAAAUGUGUCAAAGUCUAUUUAUAGUAAUGACAUCAUAUCUUCAGAGAGAAGUUAACCUCAGCAACCUGUGACAUUUGGGUCCUCCCCAGACCUCUUGGUAAUGUUGAGUUUAACAAUUUCUUCAGCACUGGUAGGGUGGAUACCAAUGGUACUGGAGAGUUGGUCAUAUGUGAGACCACAGC